GGACAAGAUGACAAAGGGCGUACUUUUGUUAUCUUACUUAAUUUAUUUGUACGUCAACAUCGUAUCCAGUAGUAAUAUAGUACCACUAGCACAACUAAGAAACUAUGUAUUUGGUGGUGCAGAUUUACAAUACAGAAUACAUUAUCACAACUGUUCACUAAAUUUAGCCCAUAUUUCACCCUAUGAUUGGGAACAGGAACUGGAUGAGAUAGCUUACCUGAAUUAUAAUAAUACAGAUUGGAUGGUUGGAUCUGGUUUUGCCAGAGACGUCAGUGGCAAUAGACUUGCACUGAAAGGUCCAGCUGACAGACUUACCUUAUCAAUAUUUAAUGCUAGUGGUUUAACUAAUACAUUAUAUGAUAGGGAUCCUGCUACUGGUAAACUUGUUAUACCAGGUUUCAUCAACUGUUAUCAUUCAGGGAGUUUUGAAAUAUUAUCGCGAUAUGGAAUAGGAUCUGAAUUAUUGAACUUCGAAGCAGUAACCAAAGCUCUUGUUGUGGACGGGGUUCAACUACGGUUUAAUCUCGAUUUAUUUGCCUGUGUCAGAAAUGCUACAAAUGACAUUAGAGAUACUAUACAGUAUAGCUAUGCUGGAAGAAUCUCCGGAUAUAGACUUGAUCUAGAAAGCAGCAUCACCUUUUCUACUAGUUAUCUGAUUGGUGAUGGAUAUCAUGUUGUUAAUGUGAAGAUGCUGAAGAGUAAUGAUGCCACUAUCAAAGAAUAUUUUGUGGACCAGAUAUCAAAGCAUUCAUCUGAUGCAAAAACAUGGACUUGUGGUAUAGGUUCUCGGGGGCAGUUACAUCUAUUUCAACACCCGUAGACCCUAAUUUUGCAAAUAUUAUAAAUGUCGUUCCUUACUUUGAAUUUUGAUUGUAGAAGUUCAAUAGUUUGGGUGAAAAUAAAAUUUAUCCGAAGUC